AUGGAAGACUCAAUCUUUCUUUCUCAGAGUAAGUAUGCUAAAAACAUUGUCAAAAAGUUUGGAAUGGAAAAUGCUACUCACAAAAGAACACCAGCUCCUACUCACUUAAAAUUGUCCAAAGAUGAAAAGGGAACUAGUGUUGAUCAAAGUUUAUACAGAAGCGUGAUAGGAAGCCUGCUCAUUCCAUUUUCUCUCACCGUGUCUCAGAGUUCUCCCUCAAAGAAAUCGUCUCCUCCCUCUGAAACAGCAUCAGGAUCUAGGGCACCCAAUGUGGUGAGUGAUCAAGAUGUUGUGUUGAAUGUUGUGCCAUUGAACACUGUUCCUGCUACCGAUCCUGCUCGUAGUCUACCAAGAAAGAUGCAUGCAAGAAAAUCAACUGGUGGAUCUGUUCCAAGAACCUUUUCUGCUCAGGGUAGAGAGGGCUCUGCUUAUGUUCACAAUGCGAUCGCAGGUAUUGUCACAAGAAUCUUGAAUGAAGGGCACAAGGUUGAUGGAAUAUCUGUUCCUCUAGCCCAAAUUCCUGCCUCUGAGAACAAUGUUGAGACAUCUGAAGCUAUCAAUGUUGAAACAUCUGGUACUAAAGAUGCUAAGAUUCUUGAACCUGAGAAAGCUGAAGAGGUUCCUGUUGCUCCUUCUAAAGAAACUCUUAAUGAAGGCCCUACUGUGCAUGAUGUGGUGAAUCUGGAUGAUCUGGAUGAUUCUAUUGACAUUGCUAAUGAUGAGCUCAUCUCUAGCAUCUCUCAUAGAGUCAAGACUCGUAAGGGCAAACAGAUUUGUGAUCAAGAUUUCUCCAAACCUCAAGAUACUCAUCAAAAGAAGGUCACUAUAAAGAAGAUCAAGAAGGUCCUUGCUGAACCUUCAACCACUAGGAGCAAGAUUGCUAUGAAGAAGAGGAAGGAAAGAAGUGUUUCUGCCCCUGAAGACGAUGUCUUAAGUGAUGUCCCUGACAUCACAUCAAAGAAGAAGAUUGCUGUCACAAAAUCUUCCACAAAUGUUCGUGAUGUUCCCUUGGACAACAUUUACUUGCACUAUGCUUCAAAUGCCAACCAGUGGAAGUUUUGCUAUGAAAUGCUUGUGAAGGAAUUUAUUCUGAAUUUGUCUCAAGAUUGUGGUAGAGAUGCUGAGGCUCAACCUGAGCUUGAAGUAACUGACAAUGAAGUAUGCAAUGUUAUCACUGGUGGUAAGCUGCACAAAAUUGGUGCUGCAAACUGGGUGCCUACCAAUCACACUUCUACCAUUGCUGUUGGCCUAGGUAAAUUCAUUUAUGCUGUGGGAACCAAGACAAAAUUUGACUAUGGGACCUACAUAUUUGAUCAAACUAUGAGGCAUGCUGGUACCUCUGCUACCAAGCUCCCCAUUGCAUUCCCAUCCCUGAUAUGUGGGAUAAUCCUCAAGCAACACCCUGGAAUUCUGAAAAGUAAAGAUUCUGUAUGUAAGAGGGAGAGUGCUUUGUCUUUUCACUACAAGCUGCUCCAGAGGUCUGAUGACAUGACAUCUGCUGGGACAUCACAACCCAGCAAGUCUGUGAACAAAGCCCUUCUUAUUGCUGAGCUGAAAGAGACUUGUCAGGAGUUGGACAACAGGAAGAUGAAGCUUGAAAAGCUCAUCCAAAGUCUUGAGCAGUCUACAGAUGAUGAUCUUGCUGGUGGAAGGGAUGGUGACAAUAUGGAUGAAGACAAAGGUGCUGAUAGUGGGGCUGAGGAAGAGGAUGAGGAUGGUGAGGGCUCUGAGGAUACUGGGAGUAGUGAUGUUGAUGAAGAGACUAGUAGCUCAAGUGAUGACAAUACUGGUGGCUCUAGUGAUGGGUCUGAUGAUUAG